AUGAUCUCAUUGCAUAAUUUAACAUUGCUGAUCAAAAAUAACAAUAUUCAAUGGCGAAAAUCAUUUGAUGAACUUGUCGAAAAGGCAGCCAAUUUUGACGUUCGAAUUGUGCUUUUCAAGAACACAUUUGUCAAAGCUAAACAUCGUGAGCAGCGAAUAUAUGCAAAGCUGGCUCCAUUUGCUAAGUGGAUUGAUUUGAUGGAGGAAGAUCUUAAUCAAGCAGAAUCUUCGGAUGAUACAUUCGAGAAGGAGGAAAGACUUCGCAAUAUUUAUAUUAUUUGUUUAUCACAUCAGAAAUUGGUUGAUAAACUGUUAAGUUGCAAACUUAAUCCACCACAAUCAAAUGAAAUCAAAUUUCAUUGUGAUCGGUAUUUCACAUUGUUGCAUCGAACUGCCUCGUGGAAUUUUCCUGAGGGACAAGCAAUUUCAACACAUCUAUCAGAUCUACCUUCAUCAUUGAUGCUGUCUCAGAUUUCUGUUAGUUCAUUGUCGGCUUCUGGAAUUGAUGAGGAUGAAAGUCACUGUAUAGAAGUGACAUCGUGCGAAAGAACUAGCUCUGCCUUCGCUUUAACAGAACGGGUAUUACAAGUAAAAGAAACCCCUGAAAUACGACUUUUAUUGUCGGACAUUGAUUCCGAAUUGAAUAUAUUGGCCGAUUCGUUGACUAAGUUGAAUGCUGAUUACGCUCAGUCACUUAAACCGUUAAGCAGUGCUCAAGCUGAUAUGGAAAAACUGAGGGAUCUCAAUAAGAGAAGGUGUCAGCUGGUUACUGCCUGUGAUAAUCUUUCACGUAAGGUUUCCGGUGAUGAUUUUUCCGUCGUUCGUUCGUUAGUGCUACAUCUGCAUUCGCUGGAAGAACCGUAUAUGACAUUCAUGCGAGAAUUGCAAAAAGAAAUCGAUGAUGAGAUAACGUCACAAGCAAAUUACGAUAAUAUCGCCAAAAAACUCAAUGAGCUGAAUAUCAAUAUUGACCAGCGUGCUCGAAAUGCCAUUCAAGAUGUUCGAAAUGACUUGGAACACGUGCAGUGCGACUUGAAUUCACUACGAGUACAAUGCUCGCAACGGCGGAAAUAUGUAGAGAAUAUGUUGGAAAGUGUUUCAUCUAGUACAACUUGUAGUAAUUGCUCAAGACGAAAGAAGAUUAUGCUUAUGGUUUCCACAACUGUAACAACUAUAAUCCAGGUUGUCGAGGACGAAUUACGACGUUCAUCCAACAUUAAACAAAACGAUCUCUUAGAGUUGAAACAGAAGCUACAAGACGUGAACACCUGUAUCGCUGAUGAGACCGGUGCAACUGCGGUGGGUACACCUCUCAGCAGUACCACGGAUGAAGAGGAAUCACGAAGGUUGGAGCACAAAAAAGAACAAAUGAGGAUGAUGCAAUCUGAGCUUGCAAAAUUGGAAGAGCAAAUAUCUUCGGCUAAUCAGUUGCUAGCAUAUGAUGUAGAUCUAAAGGAUGUCAAUAAUCCAGAAGAUAUUGGAGAAAAAGCGAGAAAUAUUGAAAAUAUGGAGCAAUUAAUAGUUUUAGCAUUGGAUAAGUUGAAAGAUAAUGAUCGUAGUAUGAUGACUAACGAACAACGUAUUAAUAUGGAAAAGAUGUUGGAUGAAGCAAUGCCUCUUAUCGAUAAGCUGCGUAUUUUACGGGAAUAUAUCAUAGCUGAAAAGGAAUUAGAAGAUCAAAUAGGAUCUAUUAAGGAUAAUAUCGAAGGAUUAUUUAUUAGAUAUUUACUAACCGCAACC